AUGUCUAGUGAGUUGAUCGUUUACGUUGUGUUGCUUUUAUCACCGUUCAUAAGUGGUGACGAAAUGAUCCCAUACGAAAGGUCCUCUAUAGAAGAUUGUGCAACACGGUUUUAUAGGUCUUACACUGUCAGUGCAGUAGCUCCUUCCGCCGGAUGGCCUGUGCGCUUGCGCGAGUUUGCCCAUAUUGCGGCGAUUGGAUGGACCAAUGAUGGUAGCAAACGUUGGCUCUGUGCUGGAUCAUUAAUCUGGGAAAACUUCAUCCUUACUGCGGCGCAUUGUGCAGCCGACGAGAGCCGUACUCCCCCAGAUAUUGCUAGGUUUGGAGAUAUCAAUAUCAACAGCGACGAUGAUGACGAAUUUGCCCAAGAAUUGAGGAUCACCGAGAUCAUUCGUCAUCCUAAACAUCGGUUUAGUUCGACCUAUUACGAUAUUGCGCUGAUGAAGUUGGAGAGAAAUGUUGUAGUUACGACCACUGUUGCACCGACCUGUCUGUGGUUGGAUGAUGAGAUACGCUUCCCGAAACUGUUAGCAGCCGGAUGGGGUAGAACCGGAUUUGGUGAGGAACAAACAGACAUCCUGCUGAAGGUGGAACUAGCCCUAGUAAAUAACGAGAAUUGCUCCAAUUAUUAUGCUGGAGGCGAUCGCUCUUUACGGGACGGACUUAUGGAUCACCAACUUUGUGCAGGUGAUGAAAAGAUGGAUACAUGUCCGGGAGACUCCGGUGGGCCACUUCACGUGAAGCUUUUUGAUGGCUGGAAACUGAUCCCGUUUCUAGUUGGAGUGACAUCCUUUGGAAAGGCUUGUGGCUUAUCUGUGCCAGGUGUAUAUGUAAAGGUGUCCUCGUUCGGGGAUUGGAUAAUUGAAACUCUUCAGCAGCAUGGAGAACACGCUACUCGCUUAGAAUUUGAGCCAAUGGUUUGUACUAAUCGCUAUCUCAAGUUUCGAGAUUACAAACCAGAUGUUGUGGUUGUUUAUAAUGGGAAAGAACACAUUAAUUGGGAAAAAAUAUACGUAACCGACGAAAGUAGCGAUUACAUUGUAAGCUUCGGAUGGCCAAAUUCGACUGGCCCAGUGGAUAGCGAUUGCUUUGGAACGCUGGUUGAACCUAACGUUGUGGUGACGUUGGCGGAAUGCAUACUAAGUACUGAGUCAUUGCCAACGCAAAUUAUUCUGACAGAUGCGAACAUAUUAGACAUCGCCGAAAUCGUCGUGCACCCCUUGUACAAUCCGUCCUCCAAUCCGUACUACAACAACAUCGCUGUGGUGAAGCUGAAAACCUUCGCAUGGAUUGAACCGUUCUGUGUGUGGUAUGGUGAAUCCAUACCAGAUGAACAGCUCUUGAUUACAGGAGAAAAAAUUAUACCGACUGAGAACUCCGAAGAACCUGAUAUCAGCAAGUUAAUUACUCGUGUCUGGAAGCAGUCGCAGGACCAGUGUAACCUGCCUCGACAAUAUUCUGAGCGUCUUCCACAGGGUUUGCUGAGCGAGCAUAUAUGUUACGAGAAUCAGCCAUUCUUUGUCCCUGGGGGGUGCGUUUCAUUACCAGGGAGUCCAAUCGAAAGGAAUGGUGGUAAAUAUAUUUACAUCGAUGGGAUUCAUUUGUUUGGACGCGACUGUGGAUACGGAGAACCGGCAGUUGGUGUGCGAUUGAGUGCACAUAAGGCGUGGCUGGAAUCGGUGUUGCUUCCCCAACCGCAGAGAAGCGAAGCGUUGGUGCACGUUGAUCCAGAUUUAGAUGUGUCAGACACAUGCAGGUAUGCUGAUCGCAUUACUGGAACUUGCACUCCUCAGCAAAAUUGUCCAGUUAUUCAUACACGUGUGCAGAACAAGCAACAGCUAUUGUUCUGUAAACGUACAUCUGUUGUAUGUUGUCCCGAGAAAGCUACCAACCUGGAGACUACGGCUAUAGAAAGGGAAUUCAAUGAAUGUGAAGAGCGAUAUAGACACCUCAGGACAAGCCGACAGGAAACUACAACACAUAUCGUGGAGAUAGGAUGGCAAGAGGCAGACAAAGUAAAGUACGACUGUUACGGAUACCUGAUCAGCGCUCGGGGUGUUGUUACUUCUGCAUCUUGUCUACUAGAAAAGACCAAACUGCCAAAUCUAGUACGAUUGGGAGGCCUGGGAAUCUCCGGCGGUUCUCAAACAAUUCGAAUCGAGAAAGUAGAAUUAUACCCAAAGUAUAGUAGAGUCAAUCGACAGAAUAACGUCGCUAUAGUGAAGCUGGAAUCACCCGUUGAACCAUCGGCAGAUGUGUACCCUGGGUGCCUGUGGCAGAAUGUCAGCCACUCGCCAUUGCAACAACAAGUGUUGGAUUUCGCUAAAGGACGUUUUGAUCCUAUUUAUCCGAUCUAUAAGAGUGAUUGCGCAAUAUUCUUGAAACGGUCGUUCGACGAACCGGAAACGAUUUGUAUGAACCCAGGAUUGGAGAAGUAUAAUAUCGAACGAUAUCACUUCCAGUUGCAAUUUCGCUUUAAAAAAGUCACUCUAAUCCCCGAUCACUGUUACAACGCCGGAAGUCCGAUCGUAUGGAAGCAAUUUAUUGAUGCAGAUGUUUACGUUGAAUAUCUGGUGAAUGUUUAUAGCCACGGAAGCUGCAAUUCCCUUACCCCGCGUAUAGUCAACCGAAUGGCAGCAUACAUUGAUUGGUUCAAGAAAGUGUUGCAAUAG